UUUUUACACAGUUAAAUUACAUAUCGAAAUUUGUAGUGGUUAGGUUUGUUGGUUUCAUUUCUUGUUCUUUAAUUGCAAGUUAAAAUGGGCUCGAACAAACGACAUAAAGCGGAGAAAAGUCGCGAUAUUAAGAAAAAACGUCAUCGUAGCCGUUCACGAAGUCAUACGCCAGAACGUGAGAAAGUAGAUAAACAUAGACAUCACAAGAAACAUAAAAGGAAAGAACGCAAGGAUUACGAUAGCGAUGUUGAAAUUGUCAAUGCACCACCGCCACCAAAAAUCUCAAGAUUAUCGCAUCCUUCGACACCACCUCCGCCAGAAAUUUCAAAACAACGUAGUCCAUCUCCUAUAAAAGAUGGCAUGUCGCAAAGCUCUUUAUCUAUUGAAGAAACAAAUAAGCUCAGAGCAAAGUUAGGUUUAAAACCUUUAGAAGUUGAUAGUACAUCGAAAGAUGAUCCUAACAAAAUUAAGGAUGAUUUGGGUGAAUUUUAUCAUAAACCAGCAACAAAUGCUAACGAUCAAUUGAAAACACAUAAAUUAAAGGAAAAAAUUAGUAUUCAAAAACAAAAGAGGCAGAUUGAGGCUAAUUUAGCAAAAAUCAAAUCAUUAGGAGAAGAUGAUUCUGAUGACGAUACAAAAGCUUGGAUCGAUAAGAGUAGACGUUUACAGGAAGAGAAAAAAAAGGCUGAAGAAAGGGCUAAAAUGUUGGAUCAGUUGGACGAAGAAUUUGGAAUUGGGAAUCUUCUUAAAGAAGAAAUAUCCAUUUCACGUAAUCUGGCCUAUACGGAAAAAGAUUUAAAGGGUAUGAUGGUGGAACACGAUAUAGAAAGUAUUACAGAAGGCAAAGGAAUGGUUUUAACGCUGAAAGAUCAAAAUAUAUUAAACGAAAACAGCGACGUGCUUGUAAAUGUCAAUAUGGUAGAUGAGGAACGAUAUAAGCGAAAUGUUCUUAAUAAAACGAAAAAGUUUGUUUAUAACGCAUACGAGGAUGAUCAUUUAGAUGAAUUUGGGUUAUCGAAGAAAAACAUUUUAGAUAAAUAUGAUGAAGAAAUAGAAGGAGAAAAAAAGGAUAACUUUGUAUUGGGUGCUUAUAAUCCAGUAGAAAUAAAGCAGCGUCGUUCAGAAAUUGUUAAACAUCGUUUAGCAAAUAAAAAGUUAGAAUCAUUGCAAACAAGAGAACCACAAUUAGCUAGUGAAUAUUAUAACGAGCAAGAGUUGGAAAAGUUUAAAAAGCCAAAGAAAAAGAUUAGAAAAAUAAGAACGAAAAAAAAAUUGAAGGCAGACGAUCUGAUUCCAGAAGAAAAUGAUUAUCUACGGGAUUUAGGAAGUAGAAGAAGUAAAAAAGUCGAAGAUACCAGAGAAAACGACGGUACUUUGGACGUAGACGAUUUAGAAGGUCCCAAAGAAGAUUUAACAGGAAUCAAAUUUGAGGACGACGAUAAGGAAUUAGAAUUGCAAAUGGCAUUAAAGAAAGCGCACCGUUUAAAAGAAUUAAAAGCGACGGAUGCAAAAAAUGUUUUAGAAAAUACUAAGCAAGAGUCAAUGGUUGUGGAUGAAAAUCAAUCUACAAAUAUAGUUCUUAAUGCUACCGCAGAAUUUUGUAGAACUUUAGGAGACAUUCCUACGUAUGGACUUGCUGGUAAUAGAGAGGAAAAUGGACAAGAACUUAUGGACUUUGAGGUAGAUGGAAUCAAAGAUGAGAUUGUUUCCGAUGAAGAAGAAGAUGAUGGUCGUGGUGCAUGGAAUACUGUACAUUUGGAUGAAAGCAAAACGGAGCCUAUAGCGCUGGAAGCUGCAAUUUUAGAUGCAGAGCCAUCCCUUGGCCAAGGUGUUGGCGGAGCGUUAAAAUUAGCAAUGAGUAAGGGAUAUUUACAAAAAGAAGACAGUAACAGGCCAUCUGCUUCUCGUUUCGCACAUUUACAAGCUCAGAAUUAUUCUAUAGAAGACAAGACAUAUGGAGAUGAUGAUAAAUUUGGAAGAAGAGAUCGUUUCAAUGGUCCUACGUCAGAUUUUAAAGAGAAAGACGGUUUUAAACCAAAUGUUAAAUUAGAAUAUAUAGACGAUGAUGGACAUGUUUUAAGUGCUAAGGAAGCUUUUCGCUACCUAUCGCAUAAAUUUCACGGAAAAGGACCUGGAAAGAAUAAGGUGGAAAAGCGUAUGAAGAAAGCUGAACAAGAAGUCUUAAUGAAAAGAAUGUCUUCGACGGAUACACCUUUGGGAACACUUAAUUUAUUACAAGCAAAGCAAAAAGAAACUCAAUCACCGUAUAUAGUUCUCAGUGGUAGUAAACAAAUACAGACGCCAAGUAUAUCGAAAAUAAAACAUUGAAGAGGAGAGGGUGAGAAUGUGAGAUUUCGAAUUUAUCGUAAAAAGAAAAUAUACAUCAUUAUGUAAAUUAGCACUGCGAUGCAAUUAAGUCAUAUGGAUUAUUACAAUACACAACUGUUGUGGAAAUAAAUACUGAUAUAUUAAUUUUA